CUCUCUUCAGAUGUUGAGCAGAUGGCCAUCGAUUGGCUAACGGGAAAUUUCUACUUUGUGGAUGACGUGGAUGACCGAAUAUUUGUGUGCAACAAGAACGGGGACACGUGCGUCACUUUGCUUGACCUGGAACUAUACAAUCCCAAGGGGAUAGCCCUGGAUCCAGCAAUGGGGAAGGUGUUCUUCACCGACUAUGGUCAGAUCCCCAAAGUGGAGCGCUGCGACAUGGACGGACAGAACCGAACCAAGCUGGUGGACAGCAAGAUCGUGUUCCCACACGGCAUCACGCUGGACCUGGUCAACCGGCUGGUCUACUGGGCCGACGCCUACCUGGACUACAUCGAGGUGGUGGACUAUGAGGGCAAGAACCGGCACACCAUUAUCCAGGGGCUACUGAUUGAACACCUGUAUGGGCUGACUGUCUUUGAGAACUACCUGUACGCCACCAACUCGGACAACGCCAACAUGCAGCAGAAGACCAGCGUGAUCCGGGUGAACCGAUUCAACAGCUCGGAUUACCAGGUGGUGACCCGCGUGGACAAGGGGGGUGCCCUGCAUGUGUACCACCAGAGACGCCAGCCAGAGGUGAGAAGCCACGCUUGUGAACCGGACCAGUUUAGCAAGGCGGGCGGCUGCUCUGAUAUCUGUCUGCUGGGGAACAGCCACAAGACCCGGACCUGCCGCUGCAGAUCAGGGUUCAGCCUGGGCAGCGACGGCAAGUCCUGCAAGAAACCCGAGCACGAGCUGUUCCUGGUCUAUGGCAAGGGCCGCCCAGGUAUUAUCCGGGGCAUGGAUAUGAAUGCCAAGGUCCCCGACGAGUACAUGAUCCCCAUUGAGAACCUAGUGAACCCCCGCGCCCUGGACUUCCACGCGGAGACCGGCUUCAUCUUCUUCGCCGACGCCACCAGCUACCUGAUCGGCCGGCAGAAGAUCGACGGCACGGAGAGAGAGACCAUUCUCAAGGACGGGAUCCACACUGUGGAAGGGCUGGCUGUGGACUGGAUGGCUAACAACCUCUACUGGACAGACGAUGGCCCCAAGAAGACCAUCAGCGUGGCUCGACUGGAGAAAGCCUCCCAGACCAGAAAGACCCUGAUUGAGGGCAAAAUGACCCACCCAAGGGCUAUUGUUGUGGAUCCCCUCCAUGGGUGGAUGUACUGGACGGACUGGGAGGAAGACCCCAAAGAGAGCAAGCGUGGGAAGAUUGAGCGUGCUUGGAUGGACGGCUCGAACCGCAAUGUCUUCCUCACGUCCAAGACUGUCCUCUGGCCGAACGGCCUGAGUCUGGACAUCCCUGGCGGAGUCCUGUAUUGGGUGGACGCUUACUAUGACCGCAUCGAGAUGGUCUUUCUCAACAACACGGAGCGCAAGACGGUGUACGAAGGGAACGAGCUGAACCACGCCUUUGGCCUGUGCCACUACAACAACUUCCUGUUCUGGAACGAGUACCGCAGCGGCAGCAUCUACAAGCUGGACCAGAUCACCAAGACCGUCACCCUGCUGCGCAAUGAGCGGCCGCCCAUCUUCGAGAUCCGCAUGUACGACGCCCAGCAGCAGCAAGUAGGUUCCAAUGCCUGCAGAGUGAAUAACGGAGGCUGUAGCAGCCUGUGCCUGGCCAUUCCUGACGGGAGACAGUGUGCCUGUGCCGAGGAUCAGAUACUGGACUCCGACAAUGUCAGCUGCAAAGCAAACCCCUCCUACAUCCCUCCCCCUCAGUGCCAGGCCGGAGAGUUUGCCUGCAAGAAUAACCGCUGUAUCCAGGACCGCUGGAAAUGCGACGGAGACAACGACUGCCUGGACAACAGCGACGAGGCUCCUGAACUCUGCAAUCAGCACACCUGCCCUUCGGACCGCUUCAAAUGCCAUAAUAACAGGUGCAUUCCCAUUCGCUGGCUCUGCGACGGGGACAACGACUGCGGUAAUGACGAGGAUGAGUCCAACACCACCUGUUCAGCUCGGACGUGCCCCCCCAAUCAGUUCUCCUGUGCGAGUGGCCGCUGUAUCCCCAUCUCCUGGACCUGUGAUCUGGACGACGACUGUGGAGACCGGUCGGAUGAGCCUGUAUCCUGUGCGUAUCCCACCUGUUUCCCCCUGACUCAGUUCACCUGCAACAACGGGCGCUGCAUCAACAUUAACUGGCGCUGUGACAACGAUAAUGACUGCGGAGACAACAGCGACGAGGCAGGCUGCAGCCACUCCUGCUCCAGCGCGCAGUUCAAAUGCAACAGCGGCCGCUGCAUCCCGGAGCACUGGACCUGCGACGGGGACAACGACUGUGGCGAUUACAGCGACGAGACGCACGCCAACUGCACCAACCAAGCCACUCGCCCACCCGGGGGCUGCCACACAGACGAGUUCCAGUGCCGCCUGGACGGGCUGUGCAUCCCCAUGCGCUGGCGAUGUGACGGAGACACAGACUGCAUGGACCUGAGCGAUGAGAAGAACUGUGAGGGGGUGACGCACAUCUGCGACCCCAACGUCAAGUUUGGCUGCCGGGACUCCGCGCGCUGCAUCAGCAAGGCCUGGGUGUGCGACGGGGACAGCGACUGCGAGGAUAACUCUGACGAGGAGAGCUGCGAGACCCUGGUGUGCAAGCUGCCCUCCCACUCCUGCGCCAACAACUCGUCCCUGUGCCUGCCGCCCGAGAAGCUGUGCGACGGCACAGAUGACUGUGCCGACGGCUCCGACGAGGGGGAGCUCUGCGACCUGUGUGCUCUUGGGAACGGCGGCUGCAGUCACAACUGCACCGUGGCUCCUGGGGAGGGCAUUGCCUGCUCCUGCCCGCUGGGAAUGGACCUGGCGGCCGACAACAAGACCUGUCAGAUCCAAAGCUUCUGCGCCAAGCACCGCAAAUGCAGCCAGCGGUGUGAGCAGGACAAGCAAAGCGUCAAGUGCUCCUGCUACGAGGGCUGGGUGCUGGAGCCCGACAAGGAGAGCUGCAAGAGUACCGACCCUUUCAAGCCGUUCAUUAUCUUCUCGAACCGCCACGAGAUCCGCCGUAUAGAUCUGCAGAAGGGGGACUUCAGCGUGCUGGUCCCGGGGCUGCGGAACACCAUCGCGCUGGACUUCCAUCUCAACCAGAGUGCCCUCUACUGGACAGACGUGGUGGAGGACAAGAUCUACCGCGGGAAGCUUUCUGACAGUGGUGCUCUGACCAGCUUCGAGGUGGUGAUUCAGUAUGGCUUGGCCACCCCCGAGGGGUUGGCAGUGGACUGGAUCGCUGGGAACAUCUACUGGGUGGAGAGCAACCUGGACCAGAUCGAGGUGGCCAAGCUGGACGGGACCAUGAGGACCACGCUGCUGGCUGGAGAGAUCGAGCACCCCCGGGCCAUCGCGCUCGACCCCCGGCACGGGAUCUUGUUCUGGACAGACUGGGAUGCCAGCCUGCCUCGGAUUGAGGCUGCUUCCAUGAGUGGGCAGGGCCGGCGCACCAUCCACAAGGAGACUGGGAGCGGAGGCUGGCCCAACGGCCUCACUGUCGACUACCUGGAGCAGCGCAUCCUGUGGAUCGAUGCAAGGUCUGAUGCCAUCUACUCUGCCAUGUACGACGGCUCUGGCCUGAUCGAGGUGCUGAGGGGGCAUGAGUACCUGUCGCACCCCUUUGCCGUCACCCUGUACGGGGGGGACGUCUACUGGACAGACUGGAGGACCAACACCCUGGCUAAAGCCAACAAGUGGACCGGGCACAACGUGACGGUCGUGCAGAGAACCAACACACAGCCCUUUGACCUGCAGGUCUACCACCCCUCCAGACAGCCCCAGGCCCCCAAUCCCUGUGCUGCCAAUGGUGGGAAAGGACCCUGCUCUCACCUGUGCCUUAUUAACUUCAACCAGACCUUCUCCUGUGCCUGUCCCCACCUCAUGAAACUGCAGAAGGACAAUAAGACCUGCUACGAGUCUCGGAAGUUCCUGCUGUAUGCUCGUCAGAUUGAGAUCCGCGGAGUGGACAUUGACAACCCCUAUUACAACUACAUCAUCUCCUUCACCGUGCCCGACAUUGACAACGUGACCGUGGUGGACUACGACGCCCUCGAGCACCGCAUCUACUGGUCCGACGUGCGCACGCAGACCAUCAAGAGAGCUUUCAUCAACGGCACCGGCGUGGAAACGAUCAUCUCCGCAGACUUGCCCAAUGCCCAUGGGCUGGCUGUGGACUGGGUGUCUCGGAACCUGUUCUGGACCAGCUACGAUGCCAACAAGAAGCAGAUUAACGUGGCGAGGCUGGACGGCUCCUUCAAGAAUGCUGUGGUCCAGGGACUGGACAAGCCUCACUGCCUGGUGCUGCAUCCCAUCAAGGGUAAACUGUACUGGACAGAUGGAGACAACAUCAGCAUCUCUAACAUGGACGGAACGAACCGCAGUCUCCUCUUCACCAACCAGAAAGGGCCCGUUGGCCUCUCCAUCGACUUUGUCACAAGCCAGCUGUACUGGAUCAGCUCCGGGAACAACACCAUCAACCGCUGCAACCUGGACGGCAGUGGCCUGGAGGUCAUUGAAGCGGUCAAGGGCAAGCUGACCAAAGCCACCGCCCUCGCCAUCAUGGGUGACAAGCUCUGGUGGGCAGACCAGGGGACAGACCAGAUGGGGACGUGUGACAAGAAGACCGGCGCGGACUGGACCGUGCUGCGCAACAGCACCUCGCCCAUGAUGCACAUGAAGGUGUACGAUGAGUCCGUCCAACUGGGUACCAACCCUUGCAGUAGGAACAACGGGGACUGUUCUCAGCUCUGCCUGCCCACCUCGGAGACCACCAGAGCCUGCAAGUGCACUGCCGGGUACAGCCUGAAGACCGGCCAGCAGUCCUGUGAAGGUGUGGGAUCGUUCCUGCUGUACUCUGUUCACGAGGGAAUCCGUGGAAUUCCAUUGGAUCCCUCCGACAAAUCGGAUGCCUUAGUGCCUGUAUCUGGAACCUCACUGGCUGUCGGGAUAGACUUCCACGCGGACAACGAUACCAUUUACUGGGUGGACAUGGGCCUGAGCACCAUCAGCAGAGCCAAGAGGGACCAGACCUGGAGGGAGGACGUGGUGACCAACGGCAUUGGGAGAGUGGAGGGCAUCGCUGUGGACUGGAUUGCAGGAAACAUCUACUGGACAGACCAGGGAUUCGACGUGAUCGAGGUGGCCAGGCUCAAUGGGUCCUUCCGUUAUGUGGUGGUCUCCCAGGGGCUCGACAAGCCUCGGGCCAUCACUGUGCACCCCGAGAAAGGGUACCUGUUCUGGACGGAGUGGGGCCAGUACCCGCGCAUUGAGAGGGCUCGACUCGACGGCUCCCAGAGGGCUGUGCUUGUUAACGUCAGCAUCAGCUGGCCCAAUGGGAUAUCCAUCGAUUACGAGGGCGGCAUGCUGUACUGGUGCGACGCCAGGACUGACAAGAUCGAGAGGAUUAACCUGGAGACCGGAGAGGACAGAGAGACGGUCCUGCAAAGCAACAACAUGGACAUGUUCUCAGUGUCCGUCUUUGAGGGCUACAUCUACUGGAGCGACAGGACCCACGCAAACGGCUCCAUUAAGCGCGGCAACAAGGACAACGCCACAGACUCCGUGUCUUUGAGGACCGGCAUCGGCGUGCAGCUCAAGGACAUCAAAGUGUUCAACAGAGCCAGGCAGAAGGGAACCAACGUCUGCAUGAAGAACAACGGCGACUGCGAGCAGCUGUGCCUGUACCGGGGGAAUGGAGAGCGGACCUGCGCCUGUGCCCACGGCAUGCUGGCCGAGGAUGGCGUCAGCUGCCGGGACUAUGACGGCUACCUGCUGUACUCAGAGCGGACUAUCCUCAAGAGCAUCCACCUGUCGGACGAGAGCAACCUGAACGCGCCCGUCAAGCCCUUCGAGGACCCCAAGCACAUGAAGAAUGUCAUCGCGCUGGCCUUCGACUACCGCGGGGGCGGCGGCAAGGGCGCCAACCGCAUCUUCUUCAGCGACAUCCACUUCGGGAACAUCCAGCAGAUCAACGACGAUGGCACGGACCGCCGGACGGUCGUGGAGAAUGUGGGGUCAGUGGAAGGCCUGGCGUACCACCGGGCCUGGGACACUCUGUACUGGACGAGCUACACCACCUCCACCAUCACCAGGCACACCGUGGACCAGACGCGAACUGGAGCCUUCCACAGGGACACGGUGGUGACCAUGUCCGGAGACGACCACCCUCGAGCCUUCGUCCUGGACGAGUGCCAGAAUCUGAUGUUCUGGACGAACUGGAACGAGCAGAGUCCCAGCAUCAUGCGUGCCACGCUGUCGGGCGGCAACGUGGUGGUGAUCAUCGGCAACGACAUCCGCACCCCGAACGGGCUGGCCAUUGACCACCGCGCAGAGAAGCUCUACUUCUCCGACGCCACCCUGGACAAGAUUGAGCGCUGCGAGUACGAUGGCUCCAACAGAUGCGUGAUCUUGAAGAACGAGCCGGUGCACCCCUUCGGCCUGGCGGUCUACGGGGACUGUAUCUUUUGGACGGACUGGGUGCGCCGGGCAGUGUUGCGCGCGGACAAGUAUGUGGGGGGAGACAUGAAGGUCCUGCGGGCGGACAUCCCCCAGCAGCCAAUGGGCAUCAUCGCUGUGGCAAACGACACCAAUAGCUGUGACUUCUCCCCAUGCAAAGUUAAUAACGGUGGCUGUCAGGACCUGUGCUUGCUGAGUGCGGACGGUCGCGUUAACUGCACCUGUCGCGGAGAACGCGUGCUGAUGGAUGACACCACGUGUAGCGCUCUGAACUCAACCUGCAGCAGCGCGGAUGAGUUUGAGUGUGGGAAUGGCGACUGCAUCCUCUACAGCCAGACUUGUGACGGUGUGGCGCACUGCAAAGACAAGUCUGAUGAGAAGCAGUCAUACUGCUCCACCCGCAAGUGCAAGAAAGGUUUCAGACGAUGCAUCAACGGCCACUGUGUUGCCUACAACAACUGGUGCAACGGCAUGGAUAACUGUGGAGACAACUCGGACGAGCUGCCCUGCAACAAGACGCUGUGUGCCACGGAGGAGUUCCAGUGCCGCGAUGGCAGCUGCAUCACCAACUCGAGCCGAUGUAACCAGGCCAUCGACUGCGAGGACGCCAGCGACGAGAUGAACUGCACUGCGACUGACUGUAGCAACUACUUCCGUCUGGGUGUGAAAGGGGUGACAUUUCAGCGGUGUGAGCAGACCACGCUGUGCUACGCGUCCACCUGGGUGUGUGACGGGUCCAACGACUGCGGGGACAACUCUGAUGAGAGGAACUGUCCAGUUAUCUUAGAUAAAAAGAAGCUGAAGUGUCCAGUGAAUUUCUUUGCCUGCCCCAGCGGACGGUGUAUCCCAAUGAGCUGGACGUGUGACAAGGAGAAUGACUGCGAGAACGGCGCCGAUGAAAGCCAUUGCGACAAAUUCUGCAGUUCGGUCCAGUUCGAGUGCAGUAACCACCGCUGUAUCUCCAACCGCUGGCUGUGCGACGGGGCUGAUGACUGUGGAGACGGCUCUGAUGAAGACAGCAGAUGCAAGACGAAGACGUGCAGCCCAGAUUCGUUCCAGUGCCCGGACUCCCACAUGUGUGUCCCCCAGCGUUGGAAGUGCGACGGGGACCGCGACUGUCCUGAUGGCUCAGACGAGAGUGUCAAGGCUGGAUGCGUUUACAACAACACGUGUGGAGAAGGGGAGUUCAUGUGCCAGAAUAGGCAGUGCAUUCCCAAGCACUUUGUCUGCGACCACGACAACGACUGUGGGGAUGGAUCUGAUGAGUCCAAAGAAUGUGAUUAUCCAACAUGUGGGCCUAACGAGUUCCGCUGUGCCAAUGGGCGCUGCCUGAUCCAAAGCCAGUGGGAGUGCGAUGGAGAGUUCGACUGUCACGACCAAUCGGAUGAGGCGCCCAAAAACUCCCAUUGCAUUGGAUCAGAAAAGAAAUGCAACGAUUCCUUCUUCCUUUGCAAGAACGGCAGUUGCAUCAAUGAGACCCUGCUUUGCGACAACAGCAAUGACUGCGAGGACGGCUCGGAUGAGCUCAACUGCUUCAUUAACGAGUGCCUGAUCAAGAAGCUGAGCGGCUGCACCCAGCAGUGUCUGGAUCUCAAGAUCGGCUACAAGUGUAGGUGUAAUGACGGCUUCCGUCUGAAGGAUGAUGGGAAGACGUGCGUGGAUAUUGACGAGUGCACCACCACCUACCCCUGCACCCAGCGCUGCGUCAACACCUACGGCAGCUUCAAGUGUCUAUGCGUGGAGGGCUUCGAGCUCAAAGCAAGUGACCCCACCAUCUGCAAGUCCACCGCAGAGGAGGAGCCUUUCCUGAUCUUUGCCAAUCGCUACUACCUGAGGAAACUGAACCUGGAUGGCUCAAACUACACGCUGCUGAAACAGGGCCUGAACAAUGCAGUGGCUCUCGACUUCGACUAUCGGGAGCAGAUGAUCUACUGGACUGACGUCACCACUCAGGGCAGCAUGAUCAGACGCAUGCACAUCAACGGGAGCGACGUGCAGGUUCUGCACCGCACCAGUCUGAGUAACCCGGACGGGCUGGCAGUGGACUGGGUCGCUGGGAACCUCUACUGGUGUGACAAGGGCAGAGACACCAUCGAGGUGUCGAAGCUGAACGGGGCAUACCGGACCGUGCUGGUGAACACAGGGCUGAGGGAGCCCAGGGCGGUGGCCGUCGACGUGAGAAACGGGUAUUUGUACUGGUCGGACUGGGGAGAUCAGCCACACAUUGGCCGGAUUGGCAUGGAUGGCACAAACAGGAGCAACAUUGUGGACAGCAAGAUCACCUGGCCCAACGGCCUCACUCUGGACUUCAUCAACGACAGGAUCUACUGGGCCGACGCCCGGGAGGAUUACAUUGAGUUUGCCAGCCUGGAUGGAACGAACCGGCACACAGUGCUGGGUCAGGACAUCCCUCACAUCUUCGCUAUGACCCUGUUUGAGGAAUACAUCUACUGGACGGACUGGGAGACCAAGUCUAUCAACCGAGCACACAAGACCAUGGGCAAGAACAAGAGCAUGCUGAUCAGCACGCUGCAUCGGCCCAUGGAUAUACACAUCUUCCACCCGUCCCGACAGCCAGGGGUGCCUCACCACCCCUGCCAGACUGAUAACGGUGGCUGCUCGAACCUGUGCCUCCUGUCGCCAGGAGGGGGUUUUAAGUGUGCCUGUCCCACCAAUUUCUACCUGGCUGCCGAUGGCAGGACCUGCAUGUCCAACUGCACAGCCAGCCAGUUCGUGUGCAAGAACGACAAGUGCAUCCCGUUCUGGUGGAAGUGUGACACAGAAGACGACUGUGGGGACCGAUCGGACGAGCCCGAGGAUUGCCCCGAAUUCAAAUGCCGACCGGGACAGUUCCAGUGCGGAACAGGGAUCUGCACCAACCCUGCCUACAUCUGCGAUGGGGACAAUGACUGCCAGGACAGCUCGGACGAAGCCAACUGCGAUAUCCACGUGUGCCUGCCCAGCCAGUUCAAAUGCACCCACCCCAGCCGCUGUAUCCCGGGAAUAUUUCGCUGCAACGGGCAGGACAACUGCGGAGAGGGCGAGGAUGAGAAGGACUGCCCGGAGGUGACGUGUGCCCCCAGUCAGUUCCAGUGCUCCAUCACCAAGCGCUGUAUCCCCCGGGUGUGGGUCUGUGACCGGGACAAUGACUGUGUGGACGGCUCGGACGAGCCCGCCAACUGCACUCAGAUGACGUGCGGUAUGGACGAGUUCCGCUGCAAAGACUCAGGGCGCUGCAUUCCUGCACGCUGGAAAUGCGACGGGGAGGACGACUGCGGAGACGGGUCGGACGAGCCCAAAGAGGAGUGCGACGAGCGGACGUGUGAGCCUUACCAGUUCAGAUGCAAGAAUAACCGCUGUGUGCCGGGGCGCUGGCAGUGUGACUACGACAACGACUGCGGGGACAACUCUGACGAGGAGGGGUGCACUCCCCGGCCCUGUUCAGAGAGCGAGUUCUCUUGUGCCAAUGGGCGCUGCAUUGCGGGCAGAUGGAGAUGCGAUGGGGACCAUGACUGUGCCGACGGCUCUGAUGAGAAAGACUGCACAGUGCGGUGUGAGAGCGACCAGUUCCAGUGCAAGAGCGGGCACUGCAUCCCUCACCGCUGGCUCUGCGACGGUGACGCUGACUGCUUGGACGGGAGCGACGAGGAGAAGUGUGGCACCGGAGUGGUGCGAACCUGCCGGCUGGAUGAGUUCCAGUGCAACAACACGCUGUGCAAACCUCUCGCCUGGAAGUGUGACGGGGAGGACGACUGCGGGGAUAACUCUGACGAGAACCAAGAGCAGUGCAUGAAGUUCCUGUGCCCCCCCAACAGACCCUUCCGUUGCCAUAACGACCGGGUGUGCCUGUGGAUUGGGCGGCAAUGCGACGGCAUUGACAACUGCGGAGAUGGCACUGAUGAGGCCAACUGCGAAGCUCACACUCAGAAGCCUCGCUGUGGUAAGGACGAGUUCCAGUGUGGUAAUGGGAAGUGCAUCAGCGCCGCUCUGCUCUGCAACCACUUCGAUGACUGCGGGGACGGGUCCUCUGACGAGCAGAACUGCCGCAAAGAAGGCAAUUGCGGGACUGACAAGUCAAUCUGUGGAGAUGGUGCUGAGGCGGAGUGCAUCCACAAUAAUUCUGCAGUGUUCUGCACCUGCAAGCUGGGAUUCCACCUGAACAGCGUCAAUCAGUGUGCAGAUGUAGACGAGUGUAAGGUUUUCGGUACCUGCUCCCAGCUCUGUAACAACACCAAGGGCUCCCAUGUGUGCAGCUGUGCCAAGAACUACAUGAAAAUGCACCACACCUGCAAGGCCGAAGGAUCGGAGCACCAGGUGCUGUUCAUCGCAGAUGAUAACGAGAUCCGCAGCAUUCACCCCUUCAACCCCAACUCUGCCUACGAGCAAGCCUUCCGAGGAGACGAGAACGUGCGCAUCGACGCCAUGGAUAUCUAUGUCAAGGGCAACAAGAUCUUCUGGACAAACUGGCACACUGGCAAGAUCUCCUACCGAGAGCUGCACGCCACGUCCGGCACCAACUCCAACCGCAACAGGCGGCAGAUCGAUGGCACGGCCACCGACCUCAGUAUCCCGGGGUUGAAGAUGCCUCGUGGCAUUGCGGUGGACUGGGUUGCUGGGAACAUC